CUGAUCCCGGAGGCGGAAGCGGCGGCGACGGCUCGGUCAGCAGCUGGCCGCGGUGGGCGGCGGGCAGGCCGGGGGCGGGCAGGCCGGGGGCGGCCGCGCGGCUCCGUGGGAGCCGGCCCUGCGGCCGUGCCGCCAUGAAGCUGUACAGCCUCAGCGUCCUGUACAAAGGCGCUCCUAAGGUGGUGCUGCUCAAAGCUGCGUACGACGUGUCCUCCUUCAGUUUCUUCCAGAGGUCCAGUGUUCAGGAAUUCAUGACCUUCACGAGUCAGCUGAUUGUGGAGCGCUCAGCCCCAGGCAGCAGAGCUUCCGUCAAGGAACAAGAGUACCUGUGUCAUGUCUAUGUGCGGAGUGACAGUCUUGCGGGGGUGGUCAUUGCUGACAGUGAGUACCCGUCUCGGGUAGCCUUCACCUUGCUGGAGAAGGUACUGGAUGAAUUCUCCAAGGAGGUCGAGAGGAUCCAAUGGCCGGUGGGGUCCCCUGCCACAAUAGAAUAUGAAGCGCUGGAUGCUUACCUGAGCAAAUACCAGAAUCCUCGAGAAGCAGACCCCAUGACCAAGGUGCAAGCUGAACUCGAUGAGACCAAAAUCAUUCUGCACAACACCAUGGAAUCCCUGCUGGAGCGAGGCGAGAAGCUCGAUGACCUAGUGUCCAAGUCAGAAGUGCUGGGAACACAGUCCAAGGCCUUCUACAAAACUGCCCGGAAGCAGAAUUCGUGCUGUGCAAUCAUGUGACACAGCACGUGGCCGUGCUGGACCCCGCCUUCAGCACGUCAGGAACACAGCCCGGAUGGGACAAGACGCCCUUGGAGAGGCUGCGGCACGGCAGCCUGGCCAUUGUUUUUCUGGAGUUUCCAGAAGGACCCAAGGGAAGGUGGAAGGGUGGGAAAUAUUCAUUCACAUGACUGGUGGGUUUUUUCUGUGGGGGGGAGAAUUGAGGUCCUUCAUGGUGUAUUUUGGGCAAAUGAAACCAUAAACUGAGUGGUUCCUGCAGAUCCUGAAGGGCUGGUUCUCAGCUGCCCAUGACAUCCAGGGCCAGCUCUUGUUUGAUCCGGGAA